GUGGAAAUAGACGCAAAGAGCUGUCAGAAGAGUUGGUAGACUCCUGAUGCCCUGGCUCCGUAUCGCUCAGCAGGUCACUUUCAGCAGAUGGUGUCUUCCCAGGACUCUGCCCUUCCCCAGAAGGGGCUGGAGAAAAUGACCAAGUUCCAGGAACCAGUGUCCUUCAAGGAUGUGGCUGUGACCUUCACCAAGGAGGAGUUGGGGCUGCUGGACUCCACCCAGAAGAAGCUGUACCAAGACGUGAUGCUGGAGAACUUCCGGAACCUGGUCUCAGUGGGAUAUCAACCUUUCAAAUUAGAUAUGGUACUACAGCUGGGGAGAAAAGAGAAGCUUUGGGUGAUGGAGCCAGAAACCCAAGGAGCUGGGUGUUCAGGACAUGGGAACCAAAAUGAGAUAGAGACUCUUCAAGAAGCAGGAUUAAGACAGCUUUUACAUGAAGGCCUUAUGUGCUGGCAGAUAUGGGAACAGUUUACAAGUAAAUUAACCAGAACUCAGGAGUCAAUAAUAAAUCUGCAAGGCAAGAAGUUGCCAAAACAAGAUGAUUCCUCCUGUGAGGCAUGGUCAGGAGAAUCUACUCAGGUUCCUGAAGAUGAGAACUAUGUAGGAAAGCUUCAAGGGGAGAGUUCCACAAGUAUCAAAAAUCAAGAGUCUCCAACUCAGACCUCCUGGGAUUUCUGGAGGAAAAUGUAUCUGAGAGAGUCACAGAAUUAUCAGAGUACGUGUCAGCAAAUUGACAUAAAAGAUAAACUGUGUCACUGUGAUCACUGUGUCAUAAGAAGGAUCUCUCAUCACCAUGGCAAUCAGGAAGUACACAAAAGCAAGAAGGCUUGUGGCCACAAUAAUCAUGGAAAAGACUUUGUGAAGAACACAUCCCAGCAUAGCAUCAUCCACUCAGGAGAGCAGACCUAUGAUGAGACUGGAAAAGGUGUCAGCCUUGGCUAUGAUGUGGAACUUCAUCAGCAGUUGCGUGUAGGAGAGAAGCCCCACGUGUGUAGUGAGUGUGGGAAGGGCACCACGGAUAACUCAGUGUUUCAUAUUCAUUACAGUGUUCACAGAGGAGGGAAACACAGUGGGAAUGAUGAGUGUGGGGUAGACUUGGGUCAGAGCUCACAUCUGCAGACCUGUCAGAGAGCCAUCCCAGGGGAGAAACCCUGCAGAUGUGGGGUGUGUGCUGCUGAGAGCUUCAAUCAGAACUCCUCUCUUCCCACUCAUGAGCCCAUUCACCCGAGGGAGAAUCUGUGUCGGGGUGGCAGGUGUGGGAAGGGCUCCAGUCAUAGCUUAGACCUCAACAGUCACUGUGUAGACAACACUGGCGAGAAAUCCUGGAAAUUUGAGCUGUGUGGUAAAGGCUUCAAUGAAACAUCACAAAUUCAAGCCCAUCAGACAGCCUACCCUCAAGACAAAACAUCCAAAUGGAAGGCAUGUGACAGGAUAUUCAGUCAGAGCUCUGGUCCUCUUCAGAGAGUUCACACUGGAGAGAAACCAUAUAAAUGCGAGGUAUGUGGGAAAGACUUCAGUAAGGCCUCCAACCUUCAAGCCCAUCAGAGAAUCCACACUGGCGAGAAACCCUACAAAUGUGAUGUGUGUGAUAAGAACUUCAGCCGGAAUUCCCAUCUUCAGGCCCAUCAGAGAGUCCACACGGGAGAGAAACCCUACAGAUGUGACACAUGUGGGAAGGACUUCAGUCAGAUUUCCCAUCUUCAGGCCCAUCAGAGAGUCCACACAGGAGAGAAGCCCUACAGAUGUGACACAUGUGGGAAAGGCUUCAGUCAGAGCUCACAUCUUCAAGACCACCAGCGGGUCCACACCGGAGAGAAACCCUACACGUGUGAUGUGUGUGGGAAGGGUUUCAGUUGGAGCUCCCAUCUUCAAGCCCAUCAGAGAGUCCAUACAGGGGAGAAACCCUACAAGUGUGAAGAAUGUGGGAAAGGCUUCAUCUGGAACUCGUACCUUCACGUUCAUCAGAGGAUCCACACGGGAGAGAAACCCUAUAAAUGUGACACGUGUGGGAAGAGCUUCAGUCAGACCUCCCAUCUUCAAGCCCAUCGGAGGGUCCAUACAGGAGAGAAACCCUACAAAUGUUUUGACUGUGGUAAGGGCUUUAGCAAGAGUUUGUCUUCAGGUUCAUCAGAGAGUCCAUAGUGGUGAUCAACCCAGUACACGCAGAGAGUGUGAUAAAAGUGUUCUUCAGAAUUUAGACUUCUCAUUUUCAUCAGAAAAUGCCCACA